AGGGGAGUUAAUUGAGCUGCAGUGAGCAGUUUAGUAAAAGUCUGAUCACCGAGGAUGUUAUAAGAGGAGCUUAAAGACACACCUAAAGCCAGGUGGUAGGUGUUUAUCCAGAAUCUAUUUUGCAUGCCCAAGUUGGAGUGUUUUACCACUCAUCACUCAUCACACAACCUGCUGGUUCACAAGGAACAAGCUCAGUGCUGGGUCGCUGUAUUUGCUGUGCGUGGAUCUGGAUUUUCCUGAUCCUGAUUCAGAGUGUGAGAUGAAUUUGUUAAGCAUCAAAGCUGUGUCUGGGAUUUUUCUGUUUGUUCUGCUGCUGGGAGUCAUGUACACCUUCAACACCAACAGAACAUUGGAGCCCUCUGAGAAGAAUGAGGGCACAUCAGUGGAUGGAUGUGCUGCUAAAACCAUUACUUUUUGCCCUGAAGGCCACCUGGAAUCCCCUGACCAUUUAAAGUACAAACAGCCCAGCAUCAUCCAUGGUCGUACCGAUGUAGUGACGGUGACUCCCUGGUUGGCUCCUGUUGUCUGGGAAGGAUCUUUCAACCCCAAUCUGUUAGACGCCAUCUACAAACCAAAGAACAUCAGCAUCGCAGCUACUGUGUUCGCUGUGGGAAAGUACACCAUGUUCCUGAAGGCUUUCCUUGAAACAGCAGAACAGCACUUCUUUGUAGGUUUCACUGUCCACAUGCACGUCUUUACCGACAAGCCAAAGGACGUGCCCAAAGUCAAAAUGGCUGCUGGCAGAAAGUUGACGGUGCAUACCGUACCCAGUGCCGACCGUUGGCAGGAGAUCUCUGCACGCAGGAUGGAGAUCAUCCAGAAAUUGAUAGAGCAGGAGCUUCAAGACAACACCGACUACAUCUUCUGUCUGGAUGUGGACUCCAAGUUCCAUGACCGCUGGGGGACAGAGUCGUUGGACAGACUAGUUGCUGUGAUUCAUCCAGGAUACUACAAAACCAAUCGUGAUGUGUUACCCUAUGAGCGGCGGCCGUCCUCCAAAGCCUACAUUAGUCUCGGGGAAGGCGACUUCUACUACUGUGGAGGGGCAUACGGAGGCCAAGUGCAGGAAGUACAGCAGCUCACCAAAACUUGCAGCGAAAACUUUAAGGAUGAUGCUAAAAAAGGCAUUGAGGCAGCCUGGCAGGAGGAGAGUCACCUAAACAGGUACAUGUGGAUCAACAAGCCCACUAAGGUUCUAUCACCUGAGUACCUGUGGCAGGACUUCAAAAGCAAGGAGCCUGAAAUUCACACCAUCAGGUUCUCUGGAGUCAUCAAGAACUAUGCUGCGAUUCGACCCAACGCCUGAGAGGGUUGACAGCAUGCCAGAAAUGCAAUUGUUUUUGUUUGAUAUCAUUAGGUCUGAUCCAAAAGGAUGUACUUAGGCUGCUUAGAAAUCACCCAGAAUGCUCCACUGGGAACAUGAAGGAAAAAAAAGGUUAAUAAAUGGAAAUUCUCUCCUAAGAUGAAGCGACAAUACAUUGUCUGAAUGGUUAGUGUGUUAUAGUGUCAGCCUAUAUUACUAUUAAUUAUUCUUGUUCAGCUAUGUAACAGACAGAGCUUGGAUAACUGUAUUUUAUUUUAUGUAUCCUUCUGGAGUUCAUUUGGUAUUCCUUGUUGAAUUCACUGUUGACCUCAGUUUUAGAAGCAGGGAGAAACUUUAACGAUAUUUUCUAAGUAAAUGUAAAAAGUAUGAUAAUCCUGUGUUGCUGCCAAUUUCAGGAUCAGGAUCUGAUAAUCCCUCCCUCGAAACAAAAAUCCAAUUUGCAUAUAUGGGAUGGAUCAUUAACCUUUGCUUUUUUUGCUUUAAAAUACAUACAUAAUAUUUCUAUGGCAGUCUUUAAUAGAGUUUUGUUUUUGUGUCUGAAGGACUCAAUUCAGUGCAAUUUAUUUACAACCAGACUUUGCAAUAAA